CCCCCCUCUUGGCCGCUCCCGAUGCUUUCGCCGCUGCGCCGGCGGCUCCGCCAGCCACUCAUGGCGCGACCGGGCGGCCGCCUGUGCCGCUGCGCGAACGGGCCUGCGGCGAGGUACCCGUGCCGCGCAGAGGAGGCGCGAGGCCCCUGCUGCGCGGGCCAGCGCAGAGCCGAGCGGGUGCAGGACGAGGGCGGCCAGCCCACCCUGCGCAGGGCAUGCGCCCCAGCAGACGCCCCCGCCUUCUCGUGGGCGGCGCAGAGGGAGCGCAGGCAGCGCAGGUUGGCUGAGAUGCCGCCGGGCGCCCCGGAGGGCUCGCCGGCCGCGCGGAGGGCCCGCCGGGCGCCGCCGCCGCCGGAGCCGCGGGCUGGGCCGCCAGGGCCGGCAGCGCCUGGCGGCGGACCGGCCGCCGCGGCGGCCGCGCCAGCCCAGGGGGGCGCGGCUGCGCGGCGGGUCGGGCUCGGCCGGGCGCCGCGGACGGCCGACGCGAUCGCGGGGUUGACGGCGGCGAUCGCCGAGCUCACUGCAGCGCAGCAGGCGUGGGCGUGGGCGGCCCUGGGCGUCGUGGACGGGCCCCUGCUCGAGGGGAUCGCGGCCGCGGCCCUCUCGCAGGUCAGCAGGUUCCCGCCGCGGGACCUGGCGAACACCGCGUGGGCAUUCGCGGCGCUCCUCGUUCGGCACGGCCCCCUGCUCUCCGCCAUCGCGGACGCCUCGAUGUCCGCGGCCGCGCCGCUCGGGUGGCAGUGCGGCUCCCAGGACCUCGCGAACACCUUCUGGGCUUUCGCAGCGCUCGGGUUUUGGCACGAGCCGCUGCUCACGUCGAUCUCCUCUGCGUCGCUCCGACGGCAGCACGAGUUUGGGCCCGGAGAGCUUGCGGCCAUGGUGUGGUCGUGCGCCGCACUGGAGUUCCACGACGCGCCUCUCCUGGACGGCCUGACCGCGCAGACGAUAGCGACCCUCCCCGCCGACGAGGGCGCCUUCGGCCCGCGUGAGCUGGCGAACCUGUCCUGGUCCUUGGCCACGCUGGUGGUCAGGGACAACCCCCUGCUGGCUGCCAUCGCGUCGCGGGCGAUGCCAAGCAUGGGCCAGUUCAGGACGCGGAACCUGGCCAACAUGGCCUGGGCCCUGGCGGAGCUCUCGGGGAGCCACAGGUCGCUGCUGGUGUCCAUCGCGGCCCGCGCCCGUGGGAGGCUCCCCGAGCUGGCCCCCCAGGAGGUGGCCAACCUCGCGUGGGCGGUCGCGGCGCUGAGGUGCGCGGACCGCGCCUGAGCGGAUGCGAGCGUGAGCUCUGGGCAGCUUCGAGCCACUCGGG